UUCACAGCAGCGCAAUGGGAAGAACUGGAACAACAAGCUUUAAUCUACAAAUACAUGGUUUCAGGUGUUCCAGUCCCUACUGAUCUCAUUUUGUCUGUCAGAAGAAGUCUAUUUACCUCUACUUUCUCUACUUCCUCUUCUUCUGCAGCAUUAUCUAACCAACACACUUUAGGAGUAUGGGAAGGAAGCUUUCAGUACAAUCAGUUGUAUGGGUAUGGCAGAAAAAUAGAUUUAGAGCCUGGAAGAUGCAGAAGAACAGAUGGAAAGAAAUGGAGGUGUUCUAAGGAAGCUUACCCUGAUUCCAAAUACUGUGAGAGGCACAUGCACCGCGGUCGAAAUCGUUCAAGAAAGCCUGUGGAAUUCUCUUCUUCUUCUUCUUCUACCUCUGUUUCAUCAUCAUCUACUACUUCUUCCAUUCCUAAUGUUUCUUCAUCAUUAUCAACUACAAUCUCCAAGUCAUUUGACACCUACCCUCAAUUCUCCUCUAAUCAAACCAAUUUCAUGGAUUCUUCAGCCUAUUCUUAUCAAACGCUCAAGGAUUAUAGGUACUUGCAGCAAGGAAUGAAGAACUUUGGAGAAGAUGAGAGAACAGGAGCUUACUUCCAUCUAAAUGAUCCUUACACCAAUCACACACUAAAGAUAUCAUCUGAUCACCACUACUCUCACUUCAACUUUCAGAACCUUAAACAACAGCAAAACAAAGAAGAUGAUGAAACACAAGGGCGGCAUUGCUUUGUUAUGGGUACUGAUUUCGUAAAGUCACCAGAAGGAGUACUAGUCACAAAAUCCAGCAUUCGGAUUGAUGGAAAAGCUGAUGAAACCACUAGUAAACAGCCAUUUCACCACUUUUUCGCACCGCCAAAAAACACACAAGAGAAUGCAUGGAUCGAAAUCGAUCAACAACAGAACCAUCACCUCAUUAACCAACCAAAACCCCCUCUGUCCACCCAAGAUCUUUUUCAAUCCAAACCUAGACCUUACUGAACCUAGCUAGCUGCAAGUUCUUUUUAGGUUGGAAUGAAUGAAAGGGGAGGUAGGGCAACAAACAGAAGAAUUAGAUGUUGGGGCCUCAGGGGCAAAAGUGUUUGGAAUUCACUUGUCAUUAUCAAGAUAUUGUAACAUGCUAUGCCCCCACAAUUAUCACUUGCAUAUGGGUCUGAGUUUGUCUGAAUAGUGUUGUAGUAAUACUAAGCAAUCCCAGUGCUGUUUUUUUGGUUUUA